AUUACUAAGAAACGAAUUUAUCCCAUAUACUAAACGAAAGCAAAACCUUUGUAACCUAACACCUGCUUAUUUUGUGUUCUCUUAAUAUAAGUCAAGCAUCUUAAAGAAGUCAAAUUCUAUUCUAAAAGUUCUUUCUUCAUAAGUUGACCUAUAAAAAAUUUAUUUAGAAGGUUUCUAUGUUAUUUGUCACAUAUUAGAAUUUCAUCGAAUAGAUAAAAUAGUAUUAAGUGCAAUUCAUGUUUUUAUAUUGGAUGUCAUAAUUUUAAAUUUUAUUUUUCCUUUCUCGACUUGGGGUUUUUCAAAUCAUUUUGUGAAAAAUCGUCCUAGGAAAAAAUUUUAGGCAUUGUUUUGAAGGAAAAUAAACUUUACAAUGGAAAAAAUAAGUAAUGAAAUUAUACGACUCUUUGCUUGAACGUGAUGGUCUUUGAUGUACAAAAAAUUUACGAAAAUAUUGAUAAGCUGUUGCUGCGUAUUUGAAACUAAAAUUUAUUACAAUUUGAAAACGUAUUACUUGUUUAAAAACUUCAUUCGCUUCAAAAACAUAUAAAUCGGAAAUAACUGAUGACUAUUUUCUCAUUCAAUUAUUAUGUAUGUUAUUCUUAUAGAUGUAUUUCUAAUUCGUUUUAUUUUUCAAAUCACUUUUGUUUCUUCUCUUUCACGUCGGGCAAGUCUUGUUGUUGUGGCUUAUCCUCCAAUGCCUGACGAAGUCAGACAAGGUCCAUCAGACCGUUGACCCAAAGGAAAUCGAGAACCAGAAGAGGCGAUAAGUAUAUGUUCUUUCUGGAAAGUCCCAAACAGUCCAGGGUUUGUUCGAUAGAAGCCUGCUCAGUUUGAUAUUUGGAACAGACCUCGAAGAUUCUCCUGCCUUCGAAAAACGAGAGACUUUUUGGGCAAGUCUUAAAAAUGGGCACCUGUUUUUGAGCGCUUGAAAAAAGUCGACUUAUUUCUGAUUUGAAUGUUUUUGAAGCCGAAUAUAGUUUUCUAACAAAAAAAUUUUUGGGAUUAAAAAAUUUUUUUUUUAAAUAUUAUAGCGUGUUUCAGAAACACCACCUAAUAUACAACAUCAAUGAAAUAGCUACAAUAAAAAAAAAACCGGUGUUAAAGUAAGUGCCCUCUGUUAUUUGAUUAUUAUUAUGUGAACCUUACAAAAAUUUUCUAAAUUUUAUUUUAUUUUUUAAAUGAGCAUCAGCAUGCUUGAUUUUUAAACUUACCAGAAUCAGUGAUGUUUUACUUAAUAGAAAGGGAAGAACAGCUCAGUAAAAUCUCCUACAGAUAAUAAAUAAAAUUAUAAUAAACACAACUGAAAAAUUAAAAUUUUCAAUUAUUAAUCAUGGCCGAGUCAGUAGUUAAUCGAUUUAGGCAAGCUAUUUCCACAUUUUCAGAGAAAGUUGCAGAAAACCCUACUGUGCACAAAAUAAUGGAGAAAUUUGAAAAUGCUACUGGUAUAAAAGGAUCCUAUGCAAUAUCAGCUAUCACAGUGGCAGUUUUAGUUUUCCUUUUUCUAUCAUUUGGAGCUGUAUUUUUAUUCGAUGUCUUUUUGAUACUUUACCCUGCUUACGCGUCAUUUCGACAGAUGCAAAUGGAUGAAGUUACUGGCUUCCAUUGGUUGAAAUAUUGGAUAAUCUUUUCGCUUUUCCAAGCAGUUGAAUAUUUCCUGUGGUGGAUACCAGGAUUUCGAUGGGCGAAAUUCAUAUUUUUGAUAUGGUGCUUUCUACCCAUACCCUAUAAUGGAUCAGCUGUUGUCUACAAUAAUUAUAUUCAUCCGUUUUUUGAAAAGAAUUCCGAAACAGUGGAAAGAAUUUUAAAUAUGGUUAAAGCAUGGAAAAACCUAGCGGAGGAAAGAGUUACGCGAACAAUUACUGAAAGAUUUUCUACGAACCUUGAAGAAUGAUCCAAAUAAAAUCAUUUCUUAAAAAGGUGCUAUCCACCUGUAACUUCAAAUGGACCAGCAAUAUACGAUAAUUAAUUCUGAAACUUUAGUUCUGCAAGUAUUUGAAAAUGUUUUAUAUUUUAUGCAAAACCUAAUAAACGCUUGCACUUCAAAAAA